AUGGAUAUUCCGGAUGGGUCAAUCAAGUUUUCCUAUGGGUGGCUCUACAAAUUCCAGCAGCGCCAAAAGAUAAGGGCCAUCCGUAACCAUGGCGAGAGCGGUUCAGCCGUUGUGGCUGGACUUGAAGCAGCUCUACCAGAGUUGCAAGCAGCUGUCACCAAGUUUGCUCCACGUGAUGCGUGCAACAUGGACGAAACUGGUAAAUUCUCCUGA